CCUUGUCACGAACCCAAAUGAAUUUUUGCUUCUAAUCCCUGACUAGGUAAUUUGGUGAUUGUCACACCAUGCGCUUCAUCUCCAGUUCAUCCGUGGCUACAGCCCUACUCUUCUCCUCUCUCGGAGUCGAGGCUACACCCGACACUUCCUUCCGAUCCAAACGCGGCAUCAAUGCUACAACCUGGAAACCAACCCCAUUUGCUUCUUCAAGCACCCUAUCCAAAUCGUCAAACUAUGUCGAACUGAAAAAAGUCACGAGCGGAAGCGCAAAACAUAGCGCCGCUUAUUGCAAGGGCUUGCCUAAGGGGUCCACGGGGCUAACUUCUCUCGAAGAAGGACAGGAAUUCGCGGUUCCGAUUACGAUUGGUACGCAAAACUUCGAAGUCAUUCUUGAUACGGGUUCGAGUGAUACCUGGGUUGUUGAGAAAGGGUUUGAAUGUGUGGAUGUUUCGACCAAGAAGCAAGAGGCUGAGUCGUAUUGCGGAUUCGGUACUCCGUAUACUCUCGAAAAGACAUUCAAGACUGUCAAGAAUGAACAGUUUAGUAUUGGAUAUGGAGAUGGAGAGUUUUUGCAGGGACCAGUGGGCACGGAAACUGUUACCUUGGCUGGUAUCGCUGUUAAGGGCCAGAUUAUUGCUCUGGGAAAUUAUACCGGUUGGUUUGGUGAUGGGACCACUUCUGGAUUGACUGGUUUCGCUUAUCCUGCUCUAACGAGCGCCUACACCAACGGUACACAGAAAGUGUACAAUCCCCUCUUCACCACCAUGUACGAGAGGGGCCUGGUCGACUCUUACUUCAGUCUCGCUAUCUUACGCGACGUAUCCGGCCCAGCCGGAUAUCUCACCCUGGGUGGUCUCCCACCUAUCGACUUUGAUGAGACGUUUACCAGUACACCGAUCCUUAUCACUUCGAUACAGGGCUAUCCCAAAGCAUAUGACUUUUAUACCGUUGAGGUAGACAGUAUCAACCUGAACGGAAAGGCUCUUUCAGGCGGAUCGGGUGCUAUGUACAUUGUCGACUCUGGGACAACUCUAAACUACUAUCCGACCAGCAUGGCUAACGAAAUCAACGCCGCUUUCUCUCCACCAGCCACCUAUAGUGCAGAUGAGGGCGCAUAUGUUGUUUCUUGCAAUGCGACAGCCCCCAAGCACUCCAUCACAAUUGGUGGCACGGAGUUUAUCAUCAAUCCCUUGGAUAUGAUUCUGAAUGUGGGAAAUAAUACGUGUAUUUCCGGUAUUAUUGAUGGUGGUAGUAAUGCUUCAGAGGAUUUGUAUAUCUUGGGAGAUGUUUUCCAAAAGAAUGUUGUAAGUGUGUUUGAUGUUGGAGCGGUCGAGAUGAGAUUCGCACCGCAUGUGAAUUAUACGUCCAACGACACUAAUUAG